AUCUUCAAGAGAACAAAGGAUGAUGAAAGAUUGGCUCUUUCGGUUGAAGAUAUGACUUUCCUUCAUAUUAUGGAGGAGGGCUUAUACAAAGAUGAGAAGCAAAGCUGGGUAGCUCCCCUUCCGUUCAAACUUCAGAGGCGGCGAUUACCAAACAACAGGUCACAAGUUCUAGAUCGUUUCAAAUCUCUACAGCGUUCUUUUGCUAAGAAGCCAAUCAUGAAAGAGCACUUCUUUACAUUUAUGGAGAAGAUACUGGAAAGAGGUCAUGCAGAAGUAGCACCACCACUCAACCACCAAGAAGAAUGUUGGUACUUGCCUCUCUUUGGUGUGUACCAUUCAAAGAAGCCAAACCAGAUCAGAGUCGUCUUCGAUUCAAGCUGUCAGUAUGAUGGUGUCUCGCUUAACGACGUGCUUCUGAAGGGCCCUGACCUGAAUAAUGGACUGCUUGGUGUACUUUUGCGCUUCAGAAAGGAGGCAGUAGCCAUCACCACAGAUAUACAACAAAUGUUUCAUUGUUUUCUUGUUAGGCCAGAGGAUAGAAACUUUCUCAGGUUCUUCUGGUAUGGAAAUAAUGAUCCAGAGCAAAACAUUAUGGAGUUCAGGAUGAAAGUCCAUAUCUUCGGUAACAGUCCUUCACCAGCCGUCGCAAUCUAUGGCCUUAGACAGGCAGCGAAGGAAACUGAGACAGAGUUCGGAACAGACGUCCUAAAGUUCAUAGAAAGAGAUUUCUAUGUGGAUGAUGGCUUAAAAUCUCUACCCUCUGCAACAGCCGCCAUUGAUCUCCUUAAAAGGACACAAGAAGCACUUGCUCGCUCCAAUCUAAAGUUGCAUAAAAUUGCAUCAAACAAUGAGGAAGUCAUGAAUGUGUUUACAUCUGAAGGUGACUGCCGAGAUUCAAAGGAUAUGGACCUCGACAAAGACACAUCGCCAGUCCAGCGUACUUUAGGAGUCAGCUGGAAUCUCAAAACCGACACAUUUACAUUUCAGCUGUCCAAUGAUGUGAAACCAUUUACACGCCGUGGCGUUCUCUCUACUGUGAAUGGGUUAUAUGACCCAUUUGGGUUUGCAGCUCCGGUUGUUAUUCAAGGCAAAGUUCUGAUUAGAGACCUCACAAGUGACUCACAGGACUGGGACUCACCCUUACCCCUGGAGAAAAGGGAAUCCUGGCAAAAAUGGAGGGACUCCCUUCAAGAGCUUCAACAGCUCCAAAUCCCUAGACCUUACACCAAAAUUUCUCCAUCAGAAGCUUCACAUAGAGAGCUCUGUGUCUUCUCAGAUGCUUCAGUUAUGGCUAUAGCUGCAGUAGCUUAUCUCAAAAUUCUGGACACAGAGGGAAAGAGUGAAACAAGUUUCAUCUUAGGGAAAGCCAGGCUAGCGCCUCGCCAAGAGUUGACAAUCCCUCGCCUCGAGCUCUGUAGUGCAGUGUUGGCUGUAGAGGUGGCUGACAUCAUAAUGUCAGAGAUGGACAUUGAAUUUGAUAGAGUAACCUUUUUCACAGACAGCAAAGUGGUCCUCGGUUACAUCUAUAAUGAAAAACGAAGAUUCUAUGUCUUUGUGAAUAAUCGAGUCCAAAGAAUAAGAUGCAGUUCACACCCUCAGCAAUGGCAUUACGUUCCAAGUGACCAGAAUCCAGCUGACCAUGCGACAAGGUCUGUGCCUGCAGAUCGUCUAAAAGAUACAACAUGGCUUACUGGUCCACUAUUCUUGUCAUGCUCUAAUCAAGAAUAUAACACUUCAAAUCAAUUUGAUCUUGUGGAGCCAACCAGUGAUGUUGAAGUGCGGCCUGAGGCAACAGUGCUCACUACCCAUACCAAAGACAGCCAGCUUGGUACAAAGCGCUUUGAGCGUUUCUCUAGUUGGAAGAUACUUCUUCGGGCUGUCGCAUGUCUAAUACAUGUUGUACAGACCUUCAAAGGGAAUUCAACCAAGAAUGCGGAAAAUUGCAAAGGUUGGCAUUGUUGCAGGAUGUCGUACAGUGUAAACGAGUUGAACCAAGCCAAAGUCACUGUCAUUCAUGCUGCACAGCAGGAAGCAUUCGUUGAGGAACUCCGAUGCAUCAAAGAUGGUAAGAACAUUUCAAAGGACAGUCCCCUCUUCACAUUGAACCCCAUCAUAGACAAAGAUGGUCUUAUGAGAGUUGGAGGACGGCUCUCACAAGCUAACAUCGACUAUGAUGAAAGCAAUCCCAUCAUAAUCCCAAAGCGGCACCACAUUGCAACUUUGAUAAUGAGGUUUUACCAUGAACAAUCACAACAUCAGGGUAGGCACAUUACUGAAGGUGCUAUACGUAUGGCAGGUUUUUGGAUUUUGGGAGCCAAAAGGAGCAUAUCUUCUCUUAUCUUUGGAUGUGUAGUUUGCCGAAGACUACGAGGAAAGAGUGAAGUACAAAAGAUGGCUGAUUUACCAGUGGACAGGGUCAGUACCGAGCCCCCCUUUACCUAUGUAGGCACUGAUGUAUUUGGGCCUUGGACCAUCUCAGCCCGCCGCACAAGAGGUGGACAUGUGAACAGCAAAAGAUGGGCGGUGCUGUUCACCUGUUUAGCCAUCAGAGCUGUCCAUAUCGAAGUAGUGGAGUCUAUGGACACAUCUUGUUUCAUAAAUGCCAUGAGACGCUUCAUUGCCAUUCGUGGUCCCAUCAAGCAGAUGCGAUCUGAUCGAGGGACCAAUUUUGUAGGGGCAUGCAGAGAACUGGGCAUUCCUUCUAACUUGGAUGAGGCAAAGGUGUCAAGGUUUCUUGCCGAACAAGGGUGUUCUUGGAUCUUCAAUCCACCCCACGCUUCGCACAUGGGCGGAGCGUGGGAGCGCAUGAUAGGUAUAACCCGUAAGAUCUUAGACUCCAUGAUGCUUCAGCUGGGUCCGUCUAAAAUUACUCAUGAAGUUCUUACAACAUUCUUGGCAGAGGUGACAGCGAUAAUAAACUCCAGACCGCUGAUUCCUGUAUCUGUGGAUCCCGAGGACCCCCUUAUACUUACUCCUGCAACAUUACUUACUCAGAAGUAUGGUUCUUGUCCAAAUGUCGAGCUUGAUCAUACUGACCUCUACAGACGACAGUGGAAACGAGUCCAAAACCUAGCAUCUACCUUCUGGGACAGGUGGCGGAAGCAGUAUCUCUCCACACUGCAACCCAGGAAAAAGUGGCAAUUCAAAAAUCAAGACAUCACAACGGGUAGUGUUGUCCUAAUGAAAGACAGUCAGUCUAAACGCAACCAGUGGCCUUUGGGACGCAUCACUAAAGUGUUGCCUAGUGGAGAUGGAAGGGUACGAAAGGUCGAAAUCAAAAUUGUCAAUAAGGGAGAACCAAAGGUUUUUGUCAGACCUAUAACUGAAGUGGUAAUGCUCAUUCCUUUCAAUUAGUUCAGUGACUGGUUCAGUGUUUUGUUUACAAUGAGUCGUGGUAUCUAGGGAUACCAGGCGGGGAGUGUGUUGAUAUGUGAUAGAAAUAAUGUGUGCUGGCUCCUUUAAGAGACUGUCACUUAAUGAUGAUGUCAUCAGUGUCAGACUAGUUCUAGUUAGUUGUUUAUAGGAAGCCAUCAAGCCCUCAUGGUAGCUCUGCUAAUCUUAAUUCAUCUGCUACAUUUCAUGUCCUUUCGAAGGCAUUGUUGUUUUACCCUACUUCCAGUCAGCCAUUAAACAAAGUGAAUUUGAUGUCUGCUUCAAUGUGGUGAUUGGUAGAGGAGUUGUCUGUCUGUCAACUGAUGCAAGGCGUAUUAGGGUGGCAGAA